AACUAUUAAAACUAUAUAUAUGGAAUACAUAUUUAGAUAUUACUCAUACCUUAUCUAAAUAAUUAGUGAUCAAUUUAUUAUUGUUUUAUUAAGGUAGCCUACUUAUAAAUAAUACAUCAUGUAUAAAACUGAACCACCACCAGUUUAUGAAGUACCUCCAUCUUCACCACCUAGUUAUUCACAAGCAACCGGUGGUGUUCCACCUGCUAGUCCUUUUACACCUGCAGAAACUUAUGCAAGUGGACCAACUAUAGUAACAACAAUUGUUCCACUUGGACCAGGAUCAACACAUACAAUUUGUCCACGUUGUUAUGCAGAAAUUGAUACUACAACCAAGACAGAACCUGGUAUGAUUGCUUACAUAUCUGGAGUUGUGAUUGCAUUAAUGGGAUGUUGGCUGGGCUGCUGUUUGAUUCCAUGCUGUAUUGAUGAAUGUAUGGAUGUUCAUCACAGUUGCCCUAAUUGUACAGCUUAUUUGGGACGGUAUAGGAGAUAA